AUGGAAGUUAAAGAAUUAGGUUAUGGAGAAUGUAAAUUCUUAAAAGAUGGAAGACCUAAUCAAAGUGCUGAUAAAAGUGUUUUAAAAAGUGCUGUAAAUACUAUUGCUAUAAAAAGUGUUGGAAAAAAUGAUUAG